CUAUUAUCCAAGCCAUAGACCACACAAGGAAAAGAUGAUUGCUGUAUUACAUUAAUUUGUGACAAAUUACCUAGACAAUUUCAUAAAACAUGGAACCAUGAAAAAUGAUAAUUUCGUCAGCAAAAGUAUGUUUUCACUGUCACAAAAAACAUUCAUGACCUCUCUAGACCCCUUGCUCAUCAUUAGUAGUAAUGAAGUACAAAAUAAUACAUUUGGAGACUUGCAGUAGAGCUUGUGUAGUUCUCUUCCACCAUUAAAAAGUCUGUCAGUGUGACAUCACCAGUUUCCAGUUUAUGCUGCAUAGUUACAUGUAUAAAAUUUGUAGUUGAAUGAAGAAAGACCAAAACUGAUUCUUUUUACUUGUAUGUACAAUGUACGUGUAGCUUCUAUGCUGCAGAAGCUUGUUGCAGAUGGAGAAAAGAAUUGUUAAUGCUGUGCUAAGCAUGAUAUAUGAAAAGUGAUUUGGUGCAUUUAUGAAACAUAUUCUCUAUUACAGCUUGCUCCUGCAUUAACCCACCAUCCAUGAAAAUUAUUUUAGAGUCAAUUCAGACUCAUUCAUGCCCCUUGGCAUACAUCAUUUAUUGACAUAAUUCAUUCUCACCCAAAGAGGUCUAUAAUAUGAUUUAUUGGUCUAUUAUGCAAAAUAUAUUGCCAAUUUGAGAUAUUGAAAAAUAAUGCACGAAGGCCUUUGGCCCUUGUGCUAUUUUUCAAGAACUUUUCAAAUUGGCAAUGUAUUUUAGCAUACACAUAUACAUGUACUUACCUCUAUAUAGCACACACAUAUUUGUAUUUUUAAAAGAUAGUUAUACAUUUUUACUUUAUUGUAUCAGAAAACCCUUCAUAUUCUUGUGUUUACAUGUGUGAAUUCAACUACUACGUAUAAUUAUUUUCUGUAACUUUUAGUCGUUUAAUGGCUUUAAAGAAAAUGGGAGUCAUACAUAAUUAUGAAGAGAUACGAGAGCGAGUAGUUGUUAUUGUAGGCAUAGGAGGUGUUGGAAGUGUGGCUGCAGAAAUGUUAGCUCGUUGUGGUAUAGGAAAGCUGCUUUUGUUUGAUUAUGACAAGGUUGAGCUAGCAAAUAUGAAUAGGUUAUUUUUUAGACCUGAGCAGUCAGGACUAUCGAAAGUUGAAGCAGCUAAAGCUACCCUAAGUGCAAUAAAUCCUGAUGUUGAAAUUGAAGUUCAUAACUAUAAUAUAACCACAGUUGAAAAUUUUGGUCAUUUUAUGGAUAGGUUAAGAAAGGGACAUUUAUGUGGCUCCAAACCAGUUGAUCUGGUUUUAAGCUGUGUUGAUAAUUUUGAAGCACGUAUGGCUAUUAAUCAAGUUUGCAAUGAAUUGGAUCAGGUUUGGUUGGAAAGUGGGGUAAGUGAAAAUGCUGUUUCUGGUCAUAUUCAAUUUAUUAACCCUGGUGAAACUGCAUGUUUUGCUUGUGCUCCACCUUUGAUUGUAGCUUCAAAUGUGGAUGAAAAAACAUUAAAAAGGGAUGGAGUAUGUGCAGCUUCACUUCCUACUACAAUGGGUAUUGUUGCAGGCCUUCUAGUUCAAAAUUCACUGAAGCUUUUGCUUCGGUUUGGAGUUGUAACCCAUUAUGUUGGGUACAAUGCACUAAAGGAUUAUUUUCCUUCUAUGGUGAUGAAACCAAAUCCUAACUGUCAAAAUAGCCAUUGUCAGAAGCGUCAGGAAGAGUAUCAGUCAGGGAAGAAGAAAUCUUCAAUUAUAGAAAUGGAAAAAGUGCCUGUUGAAGAUAUUGUUCAUGAAAGCAAUGAAUGGGGUAUAUCAAUAGUUGAAGACUCUGGAGAUACUAAACAGGAUUUAAAAGUUUCUGAAGGUAUUCAGUAUGCUUAUGAUCCUGUUGGAGAAACAAUAGACCUUCAAAAUAAGGAGGAGAAAAUUGAGAAGAAUGAGUUAUCAAUAGAUAAACUGCAAGCAAUGCUAAAGAAUUUAUGAUCAUAAUUGUCAUUAUUAAUUUUCAAUUACCAUUAAUAAAUAAUUAAUUAUA